AUGGGCUUGGGCCAUGAGCAAGGAUUUGGUGCCCCCUGCUUAAAAUGCAAGGAUAAGUGUGAAGGAUUUGAGCUUCACUUCUGGAGAAAAAUAUGCCGCAACUGCAAAUGUGGCCAGGAAGAGCAUGAUGUCCUCACAAGCAAUGAGGAAGAUCGGAAAGUAGGGAAACUCUUUGAAGAUACAAAAUACACCACCCUUAUUGCAAAGCUGAAGAAUGAUGGCAUUCCCAUGUAUAAACGCAAUGUAAUGAUACUGACUAAUCCAGUGCCAGCCAAGAAGAACAUUUCCAUCAAUACUGUGACUUAUGAGUGGGCUCCUCCUGUUCAGAAUCAGACACUUGCUAGACAGUAUAUGCAGAUGCUACCAAAGGAGAAGCAGCCUGUUGCUGGCUCGGAAGGUGCGCAGUACAGGAAGAAGCAGUUGGCAAAGCAGCUGCCUGCUCACGAUCAGGAUCCUUCCAAAUGCCAUGAGCUUUCCCCCAAUGAAGUUAAGCAGAUGGAACAGUUUGUGAAGAAGUACAAAAACGAGGCGCUUGGUGUAGGAGAUGUCAAGCUCCCUGGUGAGCUGGAAGCGAGAGCUGCCGAGAAUAAUAACGUGAACAAUGGUGACAGAGGCACCUCAGCUGCUGUAGGAGCGAUGGAGAACAAGUCCCCAGAUCGGAAGGCAUCUCAAUAUUCCUGCUAUCGCUGCAAACUGAACAUGAAAGAAGGUGACCCAGCUGUCUAUGCAGAGCGCGCUGGAUAUGACAAACUGUGGCACCCAGCUUGUUUUGUCUGCUGCACCUGCAGUGAACUCCUAGUAGACAUGAUCUAUUUCUGGAAGAAUGGUAACCUGUACUGUGGAAGACAUUAUUGCGAUAGCGAAAAACCCCGCUGUGCUGGAUGUGAUGAGCUAAUAUUCAGCAAUGAAUAUACUCAAGCGGAGGGUCAGAACUGGCAUCUGAAGCAUUUCUGCUGUUUUGAUUGCGAUUGUGUUUUGGCUGGGGAAAUCUACGUCAUGGUGAACGACAAGCCAGUCUGCAAACCCUGCUAUGUGAAGAACCAUGCUGCAAUCUGCCAAGGCUGUCACAAUGCUAUAGAUCCCGAAGUCCAGCGUGUGACAUACAACAACUUCAACUGGCACGCUACGCAGGAGUGCUUCUUGUGUUCUUGCUGCAGCAAGUGCCUCAUUGGCCAGAAGUUCAUGCCAGUGGAAGGGAUGGUCUUCUGCUCAGUGGAAUGUAAGAAAAAGAUGAUGUCUUAAGAGAAAUGUACACAGAACCAAGCAUUGCUGCAUUCCAAAGGCUCUUGCAUUUCUACUGUAAAAUACAUAGUAUCGGGGCAUUUAAAGUCAUUGAAAGUACUAUAUAGCAUUUUCCC